UGUCAAUGUCAAUCAACAUAUUCUAAUAGAUUUGUUGCAGCACGCCGUAAAUAUUAAAUUAUUACUUAAAAAAAAUUUCAGUAACUGCAAGUUUUGCGUGUUUUUUAAUUGAGCACCAAAGUGCCAUCAUACUACGUAUCCAAGUGUGAAUGUGUGCUAUACCAACAUCACCGACCGUCACUUUCCAACGAAUUCAAUGAAGCGCGGAGAAAGUGGCGACCUAAACGAGCGAGUGCGUCCGCAAAAGACGCUGACUCAUUCACAUGAUUCACUUAAUUGUCUGCGUUCUUCAUCUCGUUAUGAUCAUUAGAAUAUUAUGGCUUCUACUACUGGUGAUUGUUUCAGUAAGCCCCUGGACAUUAGGUAACCCAAUAUUCCUACAGAAGCCUGGUAAGCCAAACAGACCUGUGAUAAAAUGGAAUCCUCCAACGGACACGUGGAACUGGACUACGAAUCCCCGAAACGAGGAACCGUUUUUUGUACCGUCAAAUUUUACGCAUAAAUUGCCACCAUCGGCCAAUGAAACCGAACUCAUAGCUCACAUGGCAGCUUUGAAACGUAACUAUUCGCGGCUCCUCUGGGAUAACGAUAAAGGCACGAAUUUACCUAUGUUCGUUGAAAAAGCAUUAAAACUACUCAACUUGAAACAGGUUUAUUACGAAGUUGAGCAUUCGGUGAUGUCCAAAGUGUCGUGCACCGCGUGUAAGGCAGGCGCAGGACUGCUGCAGCACUAUAUAAGGCUCGGUAAAAGUAAAGAUGAGAUCAACAAAAUGAUUUUUCAAUUUUGCGUUUCUUUAAAGAUUCAAUCCGCUCGAGUUUGUGAAGGAAUAACGAGAUUAUUCGGGAGCGAAGUGGUAUAUGUUUUGAAAAGAAUAACAAUUGGCCCGGACGAAAUAUGCAGUUUUGUGAUUGGUGACGCUUGUGGCGAUGUUUAUAAUCCAUAUCACGAAUGGGAAGUGGCUUUCCCUCCGGUGCCCAAGCCGACUGUGCGACCUCUCGAAUCACCGUUAGAAAAGGCACCCACAUUCAAAGUAUUGCAGAUUUCAGAUACGCAUUUCGAUCCUUAUUAUGCAGAAGGUGCUAAUGCCGAGUGUAAUGAACCACUUUGUUGUCGUGCGUCUAACGGACCCGCUCUGACCCCGGGUGGCGGAGCAGGACGUUGGGGAGACUAUAGAAAAUGUGACACACCGAAGCGCACUAUUGAUCACAUGUUGAAGCACAUUGCUGACACACAUACAGACAUAGACUAUAUAUUGUGGACCGGAGAUUUACCACCACAUGACGUUUGGAAUCAAACGAAGGAAGAAAAUCUCAAAGUUUUACAAGAGACUGUUGCACAAAUGUCAGAUAUGUUUCCUGGAGUACCAAUUUUCCCAGCUCUAGGAAAUCACGAAUCUUCUCCGGUAAAUAGUUUUCCACCGCCCUACAUAUCUUCGCCGGACCAAAACAUCGCUUGGCUAUAUGACGAACUUGACACGCAAUGGCGACGUUGGCUUCCUGCUGGCGUGUCGCACACCGUACGCCGGGGCGCAUUCUACUCGGUACUAGUGAGGCCUGGCUUCCGUAUAAUAUCGCUUAACAUGAACUACUGCAAUAAUAAAAACUGGUGGCUAUUGAUGAACAGCACAGACCCCGCCACGGAGCUGCAGUGGCUGAUUUACGAAUUGCAGUCGGCAGAGUUCAGCGCAGAAAAAGUCCACAUCAUAGGUCACAUACCCCCCGGACAUUCCGAUUGUUUGAAAGUGUGGAGUCGAAAUUACUACGCGAUCAUUAACCGAUACGAAUUAACGAUAACGGCUCAAUUUUUCGGACAUACACAUUUUGAUGAGUUUGAAGUAUUCUAUGAUCCAAAUGACCUCGGUAGAGCAACAAGUAUAGCAUACGUUGGGCCUUCUGUAUCACCAUAUUACGAUUUAAAUUUGGGAUACAGAAUCUACUAUGUAGACGGUGACCACGAGGAUACUACUAGGCAAGUGGUUGACCACGAAACGUGGAUUAUGAAUUUGAAAGAAGCAAAUCUGUUUGGAUAUCCGAUAUGGUAUAAGUUGUACUCGGCCAGGUCUGCGUACCUGAUGCCGGCGUUGCGACCGCAAGACUGGGACAAGUUUAUUGACGACAUGACCGCGAAAGAAGAAGUUUUCAAUUUGUAUUACAAACACUAUUGGAAGAACAGUCCCCGCAGAGGUAUGUGCGACAGUGAAUGUCGUAAGCGAUUGAUUUGCGACGCGCGGUCGGGACGAUCACACGACCGAAGGGCCCUCUGCGUGCACAUCGAAGCACGCAUCGACGGCGCCGCACCCACUCCACAGACUUGGAGAGCUUGGCUAUAUAAUGGCUUGUCUGUUUCGAUGUCUAUGAUAAUGCAAUUACCUCAAGUUGCCUAUCAAAUACCAAAGUUCGUGCUGGGACUCGGCUGAAUGCAAAAUCUUUCAGCUUUGGAAAUGAUGAAUUAUACCACCGGUUAUCUCAUGACACAUUAUAUUCUGAUUUAAAAACAAAUUCACUUUUAAUAUAAUAAAGUGCCUUAUUCAAAUGUCACUAAGUAUUUGUUAUGUAUAGUAAUAAAACAAUAUGUUUUUUGAGAUUUUUACAUAUAAUUUAUAUAAUUCAGCGCCUUAGUCAUAACAUCGGUGGAUCAAUUUAAAAGUACCAAUGUAGUUUGUAUAUACUAUAUGUAAAUAUUAAUUUUAGAUGUCCCUAUAAAAUUAAAAUUAAAGACUUAAUUUUUG